AUGGCAGAAAGGAAGGAGACCGGUGUCGACAUCGACACCCAUGGCGACGACCAGUAUGACAAUCCCAAAAGGGCCGGCAGCUUGGUCGUCAGACGUGCCAAAGCUGCCACCGACAAGGAACACCAGAUGACUCUGAUGGAAGGCCUGCGAACGUAUCCAAAGGCAAUUGCUUGGUCAAUGCUGAUCUCUCUUUGUAUUGCGAUGGAAGCCUUCGAUCUGUGCCUGCUCAACACCUUCUACGCCAUGCCCCAAUUCACUGAAGUCUUUGGAGAGCAGACUGCCAGUGGCAGCUACGAGAUUCCCGCGCGCUGGCAGUCCGGCCUCUCCAAUGGUACGCAAUGUGGACAAAUCAUUGGAUUAAUCAUCAACGGCUGGGCAUCCGAGCGCUUUGGCUAUCGCUGGACUGUCAUCGUGUGUCUGGCCCUCAUCACCUGCUGGGUGUCCAUCAUGUUCACCGCCACAACGCUGAACCAACUCCUAGUAGCGUACAUUCUCUCCGGCGUGCCCUGGGGUGUUUUCCAGACGCUCUGCAUCACCUACGCUAGCGAAGUAUGUCCCGUUGCGCUGCGUGGUUAUCUCACUACCUGGGUCAACUUCUGCUGGGGCCUGGGGCAAGUAAUCGGCGUGGGUGCUGUACGCGGCUGCUUGGAUAUCGAGGGUCGGAAUGCUUACCGCAUUCCUUACAGCUUGCAGUGGAUGUGGCCAUUGCCUCUCGCAGCAGGGAUCUUUUUAGCACCAGAGUCGCCCUGGUGGCUAGUCCGCAAAGGUCGCGUCGAGGAUGCUAAGAAGUCUUUGAUCCGCCUGACGAGCCUCAACCGACAGCAUGACUUCGAUGCCGACGAAACCGUGGCCAUGAUUGCACACACGACCGCCAUGGAGCUUGAAAUAACCUCGGGCGCCAGCUACGUCGAUCUGUUCAAGGGCACCGACUUGCGCCGUACGGAGAUCGUGUGUAUGGUGUGGGCGAUCCAGAAUCUUUCUGGCAACUCAUUCUCUGGUUAUGCGACCUACUUCUUAGUACAGGCAGGCCUGGACCCCGAUAAUGCCAUGAAUUUCACACUCGGAAAGCACGGCAUCAACAUGGUAGGCGUUUUCGGUGCCUGGUUCCUGAUGUCGCUGGGUGUCGGUCGCCGAAGCCUCUAUCUUUACGGUCUGAUGGGUCUGUGCAGCAUGCUACUCAUCCUGGGCUUCCUCGGCAUCCCUGCGGACCGAGACGCCGCCUCGCUGGCUACGGGCUCGAUCAUGCUCGUGUGGGCCUUGUUCUAUCAACUCACCGUCGGGACUGUUUGCUACUCGCUGGUGGCAGAAUUGUCCACACGCCGUCUGCAGAUCAAGACCGUGGCACUCGGUCGUGUAUGCUACGCGAUCGUGGCAAUUAUCUGCAACGUCCUUACCCCGUACAUGCUCAACCCAGAGGAAUGGGACUGGGGCAACUAUGCUGGAUUCUUUUGGGCUGGCAUCUGCUUCCUGAGUAUCAUUUACACGUACUUCCGAGUGCCGGAGCCGCGAGGAAGGACAUUUGCUGAACUGGAUUUACUAUUCGAGAAGAGGGUCUCAGCUCGCAAGUUCGCCAGCACUCAAGUGGAUGUGUUUGAGGAGGGUGUCAGUGAUAACGCUGUCAACAAGCUGGACAACAACAUGAAGUAUGCGGCGAAUACGAGCUCGCACGUCUAG